CCAGCUGCCCACGUGCCCCUAGUGGCUUCUCUUUCUCAUUCCUCUUCAUUUCCCUGAAAGUGUCGGUGGAAGUCAAUGCAAGAGGCGAUCAAAGACUCGGAGCUUCGAGAACUCUUCGAGAAAUAUUCCUGCUAUGUGGGCAGGAUCUUGCUUGGAUCUCAGAUUCUUUGCGGCUUCAUCACUGCCAUCGUCGCAUUAGCCUUCACCGUCUCCCAAUACCAUGAUCUCGCGGUCGGGAGAUUGGUGUACAUCAGCCUCCUGGCAGGGGCAUUUGGAGCCCUACUCAUCUCCAUCACGUGUUUCGCGGAUUCCUCCUUCUCCUGGCUGGCACCGUACAUCUCCUGGGUCACGUGGUUCCUCUGCCUGACCUCCGUUCACCUGCUCUACGCGUUGUUUUCACCUGCAGAGCCACUGAAUUCCGUGGUCUAUGUCUUCGCUCUCCUUCUUGCCACGUCCGUGUCUCACAGCCUGGAAUGCUUGGCUGCCAGCGUCAUGACCAUCCUCACUGCCCUGUCUUUUCUCUUGCCUGUGAUACUUUCACCUGUCUGCCAACCCCUACGCCCUUUUCAGUUAAGUGGAGCCGUGAUCUUUUGCCUCUUCGGGACAGCGGUCAGCCUUUACUUGAGACGCUUAUGGGAGAGACAACAGAAAUGCAUGUCUGAAGACAGUCGCCCCUGCAUCGAAUCUCGCAUCAAAAUGGAAUGCGAGAAAGAGCAACAGGAAACCUUGCUCCUCAGCGUCAUUCCAGCCUACAUUGCCGUCGAAGUGAAGCGGAACGUGAUGUCGAAAAUGAGGGAAGCCACGCAGGAGAGCACGGCUCUCAAACAACAGUUUUACGACAUGUACGUCCAGAGGCACAAUAAUGUCAGCAUCCUGUAUGCAGACAUCGUCAACUUCACGCCAUUGUCUGAGAAGCUCUCAGCGGCCAAUUUGGUUCAUGUGCUCAACGAGCUCUUCGGCAUGUUCGACGAGAUUGCUCAGGACAAUCAAUGCCUGAGGAUUAAGAUCUUGGGCGAUUGCUACUACUGCGUAUCUGGCUUGCCCGUCUCCCGCCCGAAUCAUGCGUCCAAUUGCGUCACCAUGGGCCUGAGCAUGAUCGAAGCCAUCAAGAUGAUGCGAGAGGCCACUGGGUCCGACAUCGACAUGAGGAUCGGGAUUCAUUCCGGGAGUGUUUUGUGUGGGGUAAUCGGACUUCGAAAGUGGCAGUUUGACGUCUGGAGCGAUGACGUCACACUAGCCAAUCACAUGGAAUCUGGGGGUGUCCCUGGAUUACUUCGUCGGAUGCAUGCCAUGCUAUUUGAUGACGUCUAUUGUCUCACGGAAGCGGGUGCGAACGAUGAUCUCGUGCCUGCCGUCUUUUCCAGGCGGGUUCACAUCACGUAUGCGACGCUGAUGGAGUUGAAUGGGAAGUUCGAGGUGGAGCCGGGGAACGGGAAGUCCAGGGACUCCUAUCUGGCCGAACAUUCCGUCGAAACCUACCUUAUCAAACGACCCAAAGAUUUCUCCGUGUUCGAGUUGAAGGGUCGGAGUAACUUGAUCAGGAAUAAAAGUAUCGAGUGCUGGGGAGUGGACAAGCCUUUUGCCAGCACCAGCGAAGCCCACAUCGCUCGAAAUGUGGCGAAGUCGUUCUGUGGUUCGGACGACUUCUAUCCGCUUCUGAUGACGUUCAGAAGUCGAGGGCUGGAAGAGGAAUACGGCAAGGAAGAGGAUCAUCACCUGCGACUUUCGAGUGCCAUGGCUUUUCUUGCCUUCCUCGUCUGUGCCGUUCUUCACUUCCUUCACCUCACUCCGUCGACUGGGAUGUUGGUCGGGACGGGACUUACGGGGAUUUUCCUCAUGAUUUGCUUCGCUUUCGUCUGGUUGAGAAGACCGAAGGAAGACGUCUUAUUCCGACGGACCCUCCUUUUGUCUUUCGUCAACCUUGCCAUUGUUCUCUAUACUGGCAUUCCAUUAUUUUUCCAUCACGACUCGUGGUCGAUGGCGGUAUCAACGAAGGAUAGCCGUAAUUCCACAGAUGGAGAAUCGGAUUCAUUCCUCGCUCAUUCAGAAUCUCCUUGUUUUGAGCUCCCACUGAGCACGGCGGCGGCAUUGGUGAGUAUAAGCACGUCGGCCCUCUUCCUUCGAUGGCAUUUCCUCCUAAAGCUUGUCACAAUGCUUCUCGCUAUCAUCCUCCAUUCCGUCUGGCUCCUCGUCUUUCGACCGCGAAGAAGCAUGGAAGGAGGAGGAGAGAGGUCUUGGGAAUUGAUCUUAGCCAUGUGCCUGCUUUGUGGGAUCCUGCAUUCCCUCAAUGCGAAUUUGGAGAAGAGUCUCCGCUUGAAAUACCUUUGGAAUGCCCGGCUGACGGUUCCUCAUGAAGACGAGGAGACCAUGAGGGUCCUGAAUAAAGUCCUACUCGAGAAUAUGCUCCCUGGCCACGUCGCCAGGCUGUUCCUCUCUCGAGACAAUACCACUCAGGGUCUGUAUCACGAGAAAUACUCCAGUGUGGCCGUGAUGUUUGCUUCCAUUCCCAACUAUAAGGAAUUCUACGACGAGAACGACGUGAAUCAACGAGGUCUGGAGUGCCUACGACUGCUCAACGAAAUCAUCUGUGACUUCGAUAAGCUGCUGCUGAAGCCGAAAUUCAGCAGCAUCGAGAAAAUCAAGACAAUCGGGAGCACGUACAUGGCAGCUGCUGGCCUCCAACCCGGCGAAAGGAAAGAGGCGGAGGGACGAACACGAAAGGAAGAGCAGAACCUGGUGGUCAUGGUUGAUUUUGCCUUAGCCAUGAUGGCCGUGCUUGAUCAAAUCAACAAGGAGUCCUUUCAGCGGUUCAAGCUUCGGAUCGGCAUAAACCAUGGACCAGUCGUGGCCGGGGUCGUCGGGGCUCAAAAGCCUCAGUAUGACAUCUGGGGUAACACCGUGAACGUCGCAAGUCGCAUGGAUAGCUGCGGUCAAAUGGGCAAAGUCCAGGUGACGGAGGACACGGCAAAAUGCCUGGAAGCAGCUGGCCUGGAACUGGAGUUCAGGGGUCCCACAUUCGUGAAAGGGAAAGGGACUUUGACCACCUACUUUCUGAAGACCAUCUUCGACGCUCGCCCCUGUCCCUGACAAGAGUCACUAUUUCCCCAUGGACUUAAUCUCGCUUUAUGCCUCUCGCUUCUCACUCUUUCGUCUUGGGAUUCCAUGUAAUUUCUACCCCACCUUGCGGGAAGAUAAAUGGAGAAAGCAACCAGAGAGAAACCCCUCCUUCUGCUUGGAUUCGCGCCAGACUCACUUCUUCACCUGGUUCCGUGGGUACAGUAUGAAGUUAUAUCCUACACUGUGAAUGAGAAAAAGUAGGCGUCCAGCUUCAUAUUUUCGAGUCCAUUUUUCUCUGUAAUCGCCAGAAAUAUUGCCAUGCGACCCACUCCCCAAUUUGACAAUGAUGAAUGUCAGUUUUCGUAUAUGCUACGUGCAGCG